GCUACCCUGCAUUUUCUUCUUACGCUCCUUUGAUCCCAUUUGCCGAAUUCUUCCACUCAAAGUCGGGGGAAAAGAGAAGGAAACUUGAGGAUCUACACUGUCCAGCUUUCUCUGAUGAAAUUUCCAGAAGAUUGCGGAUUGGUAGCACGAGGUCUUCUGCUGAGGAUGAGAGUUGGUUAUUGCCAUCGAAUUGGAGCUGUCAUGUAAGCAGUUCUGGUCGAAAUUUUCGAGCCACGAUGGAUAAAACAAAGUCAAAUACAUUCAAGGGAUUCAGAACAUUUUUGGUUGUGGGUUUCAUUGCUUUCCCCAUUUUAGUCAUAGUUACUCUGGUAAACCAAAACUCAAUACCUCAUCUCGUUGAGAAAUCUUCGAAAACUAAUGUGCUGGGUGAAAGAGACCAGAAUGUUUCUACUAAUGUCUGGAAGGAAGCUGAAAAUGUUAGUUUUACUAGAACCCCUCAAGCCAUGGGAGCAAAAGUCCAGAAUGUUACAGGACCAGAGGUAGUCAAGGACAAUAUUUUCGAAGAAAAGGCUUACGAUGGUUUACUGGCCUCAGAAGAAAGCAUUCCCAAAAAGACAACCUCUGAUGCUGGUCAAAAGAACCAAUUGAUUGCAAAUGUGAGUCAUGAUUCAUCUCUAUCUGACACUGCUACCAAUGAUAAACUCCUCAGUGAGCUUCUAGCUCCCACUUUUGAUGAAGGAUCAUGCCUAAGUAGGUAUCAAUCUUAUUUAUAUCGCAAGGCAUCCCCUCAUAAACCCUCAUCAUAUCUGAUACUCAAGCUACGCAACUAUGAACACCUUCAUAGAAGAUGUGGACCCCUCACCAACUCCUUUGACAAAGUCAUGAAAAUGGGCAAAACAUCUGGCAAAAACGUUGCAGCUACAAAGUGCAAAUACCUUGUUUGGACAGCUGCUAAUGGCUUGGGGAAUAGGAUGAUAACCUUGGCUGCGGCAUUUCUUUACGCCAUAAUCACAGAUCGAGUUCUACUUGUUAGAUUUGGGUCUGAUAUGGUUGGUCUCUUCUGUGAGCCAUUUCCCAAUUCAUCAUGGUUAUUGCCUCAGAAUUUUCCUUAUCGCAGAGAACAGAAACAUAUUGAAACCUAUGAAAGUUUACUAAACAAGACACGUGAUUCGAAUGUGAUUUGGCCAUCAUUUCUAAUUCUUAAUCUACAACACACCCAUGAUGGUCACAAUAACUUUUUUCAUUGUGAUCAUAGCCAAAGUCUUCUCCAGAAAGUUCCUGUAUUGAUUUUGAAGUCAGAUCAAUAUUUUUCCCCUUCUCUUUUCAUGAUUCCAUCUUUUGGGCAAGAGCUAAGCAAAAUGUUCCCAGAAAAAGACACUGUUUUCCACCAUCUGGGACGCUACCUUUUUCAACCAUCAAAUGAGGUGUGGGAUGUUAUUAGCAGGUUCUAUAAAGCUCACUUGGCCAAGGAAAAUGAGAGGAUUGGCCUCCAAAUAAGAAUAUAUAAUACUCAUCGAGCUCCACAUCAAACCAUCGUUGAUGAAAUAUUAACUUGUGCCUUCAAGCAUAGCCUGCUGCCUCAAUUGGGCCAUCACAAGUCAGUAACAUCUCCAUCGAAGAACAAUCCUUCAAAAGCCAUCCUAGUUGCAUCUUUAUACUCAGAAUACGGUGAGAAGCUAAGGGCUAUGUAUUUGGGCAACACAACUGUGACUGGGGAAGUUGUCAGAGUUUAUCAGCCAAGUCAUGAAGGGCAUCAAAAGUCGAAUGAUAAUGGGCAUAACAUCAAGGCAUGGACUGAAAUAUAUUUGCUGAGUUUGUGUGAUGCUUUAAUCACCAGCCCCAAGUCUACUUUUGGGUAUGUUGCUCAAGGACUUGGGGGUUUGAAGCCAUGGAUUCUGCAGAGAGCGUAUGGUGAACACAUCCCUGAUCCACCAUGUCUACAAGCUGUAUCCAUGGAACCUUGUUUUCAUUAUCCACCUAAACAUGAUUGUAAGGCCAGUAGAAUAGUGAAAUUUACUUCCCGUUUUCCGCAUAUUACGAAAUGUGAAGAUGUAAGUAAUGGAUUGAAGCUGGUUGAUGUUCAUCGCUCAGUGACAAAUUCGUGACAUGAGCGCUAAGUAUUUGCCAUCAUUGUGCCUUCAACAAAGGAGUUAUGUCUUGAAUAACAUUGCUAAUGUAGUUUCUUGGCUCUGGAGCUAAAGAUCAAAAGCUAAUCAUUUGCCAAAAUGUGAAAGAAGGAAAUGCAGUUCCUUU